AUGCUGUCGCAUAAUUAAUCGUUCUAAAAGGAGUCUUAAAACUGCUCUCUUUCAAAGAUACCUAAUAUCCCUGAAUAGUAAUGUAUGACUACUCAGUUCAACAUUCCUCGCCAAUCUAAAGUUGAACUGGUCACUAACGAAUAGAAAAGCUCAUUCCCAGAAAUUGAAGAUACUGAAUAAUGUUAAUAAAAGAAGGGUCUAACAAAAAAAUAAAAGAUAAUCAUUUCAUUAUCUUUAUUGCUUGUGAUGUCAGGUAUUUUAGCUGGUAUAGUAGCAUACAAAGUAAUUACUGAUAAAAAUAACUCUCAAAGAGCUACUCCUCAGAUCCCUGCUACUUAUUCAAACUAUGAAUCUAAAAUUAUCGCUGGCCAACAAAAUAACUUAAUUAAAAUCAUUCAUGUCCCUCAAAGUUAAAGAAUCUAUGAUUACGAGAUAGUUAAUAAUAGAAUUAUCAAAAACAUAGAUAGUUCUAGCUAAGCCGCAACUCAAUCCUCUUCUUACAGAUUCGGUGUUGUUUGUCUUAAUGUUAAUGAAACAGAAUUCGAUAUGAUCUUGUACUUUAUAGAGUCUAAAAUUCCUACUUCUUAAAAUUCAACUCUUUUGUUUUAAGAUUAUCCUCCAGUUUAAAAUAAUUAAGAUAAUAACAGUACUUCAGAAAAUGGUAAACCAAAUACUGACAACGUUAAUCACUUUGAUUCUUCCAACUUAAAUUAGUUGUCAAAUUUAAGUCAAUAAGAAAUUUAGAUUCUCAAGUCAAAGAAUAUUGAUCCUUAAGAUUUCUUAAAAAGCAAUCUUCCAAUUAUCAGAUUCUAAGUUUUAAAGAGUGGCUAAAUCAGUUCUAUUUAAAAACCUCUUAAUAUGAGAUAUGAUUUACAAUAAAUCAUUUUGAAUCUCUUAGAAUAGAUUUCACCUAUUGUGCUUAAAGACUACUACAAUCUUUAUUAAUCUACUAAUGAUGGUAAUAAAAGAAUGCUUAAGGCAAGAACUUAAAAAUUCAUUAAAAGAGUUUUGAAUAACGAAAAUGUACCUGUAAAUUUGGAAGCAUCUGUCACUUCUAAUUUAGCUGGUUAGUUUAGCAAAUCCUACAGUGAUCUUUAAAAUGAUUAAGAUACUCAACAUUAGACUUCUUAUAAUUAAGUUAAUAGUUUCUAAAAUGGUGCUCUUGAAUCCUCAGAUGUUAAGUCGACUGUUAAACUUUCACCUAGCAAGGAUGAUUCUGAUUAAAGCUAACAAAUCUUCUAAGGUAUGUAAGUCUAAUCUUAAGGUUAAAUUUCCUUUGUAUCUCAAUAAGACGAGGUAGAUCCUUAAUUUUUAUAAUAGCUUGAACAAGAUUUUGAAGAUAUGCUCAAAUACAAUUUAUCUUGGGAACAGGCUCAAGAAUUGUAAAAUAAAGUAUAGAAAUUUGAAAACUAAAAUGACAUAACUUCUAAUGCAGGGAGAUUACUAUAAUCAUAGCCUUCAAACUAAAAAGUUGUUGGCAAGGCUAUUUAAUCUAAUAUUUUUAAAAAUUAAUUUGCAUCAAUCGAUUUGUAAUCUGAUUAUUAUUCUGAAUGCGAUUAGAAUUCUACUGUACAAUAAAUCAAUUGUUAUUCUGGAUUCAUUGGAAAAUUCUAAGGAAAAUCUUAAUAACUUUAACAAUAAAACAUAUCUUAAACCUAUUCAAAUGGAAGUAUUGAUAAAAGAGUUUAAUAACUCAACUACGUCAAAAACAAUGUCUACAAUUUGAUGGGAAAUGUAACUCAGCAAGUCUCAAAUCAAGUCUAGGCUGCUAUUGAUCUCAUCAAUUCUCUAAUCUCCAGAAGUUCAUCUUUCUAAAAUAAUGUCAUCCAGAAUUUGUCUAAUAUAACAAAUUAAAACAUUUAAAUCUUAAACAAUACUAUGAAUGGAUUUAACGCAUUCACUUACAAUUACUCUGUUAGUGUAAUUAAUGCAACUUCUUCUUUCGUUAAAAAGUAUAAUGAUAGCUUAUUGUCUUAAUAUCCCGCCUAUGUAAAUCUUGUCAAUAUCACCUUUAACAAUACAGUUAUUGAGUUUGACUCUCGCAUAGCAAAACUUAGAUCUCUCAUCAAUAAUAUCAUUUAAAAUAACCUCACUAUUUCAAAAAACACUUAUAAUGCGUUAAAAAAUAUCACAGACAAUGAAUACCUUUAUUUUAGUAUAGCUUUCAAUUAAUCUUAAUACUGGUAACCUGGCUACAUCUGCAGUUUAGCAUAAUAGACUUUGAAUGUUACUAACUUUAUUUAAUAAAAUUCUAAUAUGGAUAUCUACAAUUAAUCAGUGGCUAACUAUACCCCUAUAUGGUCUCAAAUAAGAACUAAUGUAACAAAUGGUACUUCCACAAAAUUGUAAAUUAAUCUUUAUAAUAACUUUGCUGCUGUGCUUGCUAGCGCAUACGUUAAAAGCGGUCCAAGUGUAUAUUUAACUUAUCCAGUCACAGUUUUCUCAAAUCAAGCUUAAUUUUAAAGUAGUCCAUUUGCAAUAUUUUAUACUACUAGCUCAAAUUAAUAUGCUUAAGGAGGAAUAGACGAUUCUGCAUUAGUAGAUACAAUUCAUUAAUCUGAGCAAGCAAGUGAUCUCGAUAAUCAAGUCGCCUAGUUGUAAUAGCUAUUUGAUACUCCUAUCGAUUUCAGGAGUACUUAUUAAAGCUUUUUAAAUGACUUUUACUAACUUCUUAAAAAUUUCACUAAUGAUGAGUCUGCUGCAUAGCCACAAUAUUAGAACUAUAUAUUAGAUUGGAUGACAUAAGGCUAUAAUUAUAGUUUCAGCUUACCUAAAUUACUCUAAGAAGCUAAUUUGAAUGUAAUUAGCUCUCUUAAUUAAACUAUUCCAAUAGUUUAAAAUGAAUAUGACUAGUAAACUGCAAUUCUAAAUAAUACUUCUUCUUAAAUACUAUCAUAAAUUGGUAGCAUCUAUAAUACAGUAACUGCAUUUUUAAGUAAUACUACUUAUCCUGAUAAUGAUCCUCUUAACAAUCAAACUCCACCAAAUGACACUCAAUUCAACAAUACAGUUUUCGGAAUAACAAAUGAUUACUUGGCUUAAUAACUUAAUCAACUAUCAAAUUUAUUACCUCAAUUACAUACAGUUGUUGAUAACCUUACAAAUUAUGGCCCACAAAUUUAGUCAAUAGUUAACAAUAUGACAUCUUUCUUGUAAGGCUAUAAGAUUCAACUACCUUAGAUCCCCUAAGCUAUAUUUACUCCAACAUUUUAAACUGUUUUCAAAACCCUUAUUUCAAAUUAUGUUAGUGGGUUUUCAAUUGACGCAAAUAGAGCUUUGAAUAACUUGAACUUAAAUACAUCAAAUAUAGCUAAUAUACAACAAUUCUAUAGCAGACUUAAUUCUUUUGUAAGUACUGAUAUGCAGAGUACCUUUGCCUAAUCUAUACUUUAGUAGUAGUCUAGCAUGUCUUAACUAUAUUUUACAACAAUAGCAAAUAUACAAAAUUAGAAACCAGUUUCUACAAACAAAACUAGUUUUGGAAAUCUUUAAACUAUUAACAAUCCUUAUUAAAAAAAUUUAAUAAGCUAAAAUUAUACUUAUGUCUAUCCUUGUCCCUUAGGUUAUAGCAUAAAAUUAAGUCUUUAAGUCAAUUGGACAACAGGCAUAUAAACAUUUUUAACAACUUAAGAUGAUAUUCUCUCCUUUAAAACAUAAUCCAAUAUUAAUAUAUAAACUAUGGGAACUUUCUCAGCUUUAUUUGCUAUUGUAGAAAUUGGAGGUUAUGCUCAAGGUAAUUUCCUUAAUGCAACACUUAACUCUAGUAUAAAUGCUAAUGUCACUAAUAAUUCUGGUUAAAAUAAUUUAACUGCAUAAUAUGGAGCCACUAAUAUUCAGAUUGAAUAAUACAUUACUAUUUACAUUCAAAAAUAUAUUACAAUCUGCCAAAAGAGCUCUAAAUAUUAUGAUGAUGACGAUGAUGACUAUUAUAAUAACUCUUCAUACAAAUCAUCUGUUGCCUCUACUCUAUUUUCUGAUGCUAAUUACUUUUGUGGAAAAGUAUCAAAGCAAAAAUGCAAAACAACUGUACAGACAGUAGCAGUACAAAUAGACUUAUUAGACCCUAUCAAUUUUUAUGGUAAGGCUUAUAAUAAGACUUUAAUUAACCAAAGUUAUUGA